AUGUCUCCUUUAACAAGCUUAAGAGCCGCCUGCAUACAAAACAUACCCAUAACCUUCAGUAAAGAUGGCCAACACACUGAUUCCAUCAAAGAGGCCUCUCAUGUGGUCAUUGGAGGGGAAACCUUCCCCCUAGAUGCUACCACUGAAUUCUACAACGAAGAUGUUGCGCAAUCAUUAAGAGCUGUUGUGUUUUGCUGGAUACAUGACAAGUCUUCCAUUGUUGACUAUAGAAGCGAAUGCUUGGAGAAUGGCAUACAAGAUUUCAAAUUUUUGGUUAAGACUGAAUUAAGUACUUGGCUUAACGGUAAGAGUGAUACCUGUGAGUUUAUAAAAGAUCCAGCUGGCAGCGAUUCCAGCAAGGUUGAUUCUACUGGUGCUGCUGGUGUGUCUACUACUGUCGCUGGAGAAUCUCAAGCUACUACUUCAAAUGGUGUGGAUUCCCUGAUUGUAAAUGGUUCGAAAACUGCUGCUGCACCUGAAGCUGGUGUCCCAUCUUCUGCUUCCGGUGCCCCAAUCAAACGUAAAUACGAGGUGGAGUCAAUUGAUCAUAACGCAGCCCUCCGUGGAACUAAAAAUAUCGAUUUCGGGUAUCUUAUCUCAGAUGCCAAACGUCUAAUUACACAGUUGAAGAAGUCUAAAUCCGCUUCUGGUGCCGCAUCUAGGUCAAGUUUGACGUCGGGCAAUAGACCAGCUGCUGGAUCUCAUGCAGCCACAAGUCAAGCUAACCUUAAACAACCAAUUAUUAUCAUAUCACCAGCUUCAACUUCCUUAAUUACUCUCGCUAAUAUCAAAGAGUUUUUGGAAAAUGGUACUUUCGUUGAUCCAAACGAGUUAUCCAAUCGUAAACCAAGUUCGGGUAUCAUAACAUUGAAUCAUAAGUCUGAGAACUUACAAUCCAUAGGACAACAGAUUGUUGUGGUGGACAAUGUUAAUAUUUUUACAAAGCCUGAGUACUGGGAUAGAGUUGUUGCCAUUUUCACUACAGGUCAAAUCUGGCAAUUUGCCAAAUAUAAAUAUUCAAAGCCUGAAGAGUUAUUCCAAAAGUACCCAGGGUUUUUCGUGAGCUACCUGGGAGAUGUGACUCCUAAACAAAUUAAGGAUUGGAACCUUAAUGAAAUUAAGGUCGAUAGAGGACAGAAGAGAUUUAGAGAUAAGAUGAUUGUCAGAGACUUCUGGCUCCACAUGGAAAAGACCUUGAUAGCGAAGGGCUAUGGAAAAUAA